AUGUCACAAGAAAUCCCCGUUUUAUUCCCUCUACCAGAGUGUGAAAAACACGAUCCUUCAAAUUCUUCACCGCUAGCUUUUUUCCAGUCAGCGUCUAAUAUUUUAAAUGGGGACGCCCAGAAGCAUCAACGGGUCGACUUCCUUCACGGUUGGCCGGUUUCACUCGUCCACAUUUUUCGCUUCGGUAAAUUGGAUAAGUGUAAUUUGGAAGCUCUUUACUGUGAAUCAGGCUCUUUUGCUGAUCUUCAAAUAAUGUACCUUGCUGAAUUUCCUUCCUUUUGCGGCCCCAGCAGAAUUUUACGUUACCUUCAUUACUGCCUUCUUCGAGGUAUUGAAGAAGCGAAUGGCCUUCUGUCGAAAAUGAUCGGGCUCCGUCCUCAUGCAAGGGAAAUUUGUUACGAUGGCUCCUUUCGUUACAAAUCUUAUCUCAUUCAUGUUGGCUCUAUCAGUCUUCCACCCAACUGUUCUGCCGAUGAUUUUCUUAACACGUUUUUUGGUUAUCAACCAUCUCCGGAUAUCCCAGAUUGGUGUGGCGCAGUGAUUUUGGCUUGCCUGAUAUGGCACUGUCAGAAGCUUGACACACCAGAACACAAAAACUGUGAUGUCACUGAGUGCCCCGUUGUCCUGGCGGUAAUCAUCAUUGCUGUGGUGAACAACUUUAAUGUUCAGGGUGAUAAUCGCGCUCUUUUUGAACAUUACAAUUCCCUUAAAUUAUUCGCUAAAUCUCAGGUAAACAAAACUGAGCCUCCGGAAAUUGAUGCAGAAAAAUUAGUCUUCCACAAUUUGCUGGAAUUAAUGUCGACGUAUAGCCAUUACCUUUCCCUCCAUAGCCUACUAACAGCACUUCAAACCAAAGACCAGAUUCCUGAUUUUGACUCUGCUGCGUACAACCGGUUCCCAGCACUCCAUGUCGUUUUCCCUUCACUCCACUUGGCUGUUCAAGUGGCACUUAUUCUUCGAUCUCAACCUACACCCUCCGUGGCUUCACGUUUUUGGUUAACGAAGGUCUUCUUUCGAUCUUCAGCCUUUUCCUCUGUGGCAAGGUUUAAUGAAAUCACAGCCCUAUUUCUGAAUCUUUUGAAGUUUAUGUCGACUGUGACGCUCAAGUGGCAACCACCGGAAGUUAACAUUACCAAUCCACCGUCCUGUUUUGUUCCGAAAAGCGAGCGUCUCCGAAAUAAUCAGAACGUUCAUUGUAGCAGUCGCCCCCAGAAGAAAUUCGCUCAACCUCCUGACCGUAAUCUGAGACCUCUUGCGUCAAGACAAAUGGUUAAAAAACCAACGGAGUUUUAUUCUCGAGAUGUCGCCAAUGGUCCUCAAAAGGUCAGUGCAUCAUGCAAUCCCACUGGCCACAACUUCCGACCGCAGUCCUCACAACCCAAAAAUUUUAAGAAAGGCGGUAGGAGCGUUAGUUCUUAUGCUGCUCGCCUUGCAAAGCGUAUGGAAAGUCUGAAUCUGGAGAAAUGA